GUUCCGCGGGCUCGAGCCGCCGCGGCCGCUCCAUUGAGAAAAACCCGGCGGCGGCUCCGUCCGCCGAGCACGGCCCGGCCCGGCCCCGGCAGCGCGGGCGGGCGGGCGGGCAUGCGAGCAACCGGGGGCCCGCCCGCCGCCACCCACCUGCCGCCCGCCCAGCCGCCAGCCGGGGCGCCGGGCUCGCCCCUCGCCGAGCGAUGUCCAGGAGGAAACAGAGCAACCCCCGGCAGAUCAAACGUUCCCUGGCAGCGAUGGAGGAAGGUGAGGACACCCCGAUGGGGGAGAAGAGCCCCUCAGAGAGGGACGGGGGCGCCUCGGACCACGAGGGCUCUGCUGAGCACGACACCUCCAGCCCCCCCGGCAGCGAAGAGUCCAGAGAUGCCCCAGAGAGUCCAAAGGAGCUGGAGAAGCUGGAUCCUGGAGAAAACCCACAGGAGCCAGACGCCUGGAAUGGGCCAGAUGAGCUGGAUCUGGUCGUGCAGGAGGGGGAGAGGCGGGUGCGGACCUGCAGGAGCCUCCCCGAGGGUUUCUCCUGGGGACCCUUCCAGGGCAGCAUCCACAGCGAGCCAGCAUCGCCGGGACACGGGGAGAUGGGCCCCCCCGUGACACUGGUGCUGGGGGACGAGAGCUGCUGGCUGUCCCGGCUGCCCCUUGUGCCCACGGAGCCAGAAGCCAACACUGUCAUCUACAGGAAGGACCAAGCCCUGUGGUGCCAGACAACACGCGCCCUGCGAGAGGAUGAACCCAUCUGCGCCUUUGUGAUGGCAGAGCCACCGGCUGUCCCCAACCACCACGGGGUGAAAGCAGAGCCCGAGGACUCCCCGUACCCAGCUGCACUGCACUCCGACAUCCAGCUGCUCCCACAGCAAGCCGGCAUGGCUGCCAUCCUGGCCACUGCCGUGGUCAACAAGGAUGUCUUCCCCUGCAAGGACUGCGGGAUCUGGUACCGGAGCGAGCGCAACCUGCAAGCCCACCUGAUGUACUACUGUGCCAGCCGGCAGAGCGCCAGCUCACCCGCCCUGGAGGAGAAGCCCAAGGAGACCUACCCCAACGAGCGUGUCUGCCCCUUCCCCCAGUGCAAGAAGAGCUGCCCCAGUGCCAGCUCCCUGGAGAUCCACAUGCGGAGCCACAGCGGAGAGCGGCCGUUUGUCUGCCUGAUCUGCCUGUCCGCCUUCACCACAAAAGCCAACUGCGAGCGUCACCUCAAGGUGCACACAGACACCCUGAACGGCGUCUGCCACAGCUGUGGCUUCAUCUCCACCACGAGGGACAUCCUCUACAGCCACCUGGUCACCAACCAUAUGAUCUGCCAGCCAGGCUCCAAGGGAGAGGUGUAUUCACCAGGGCCAGCUCUACCCACCACCAAACCCCUCACCACUGGGCUGAGCCAGACGAACAACACGGCCCUGCGGAAGUGCAGCCUGCCAGCGUUCCUGCCCGAGGGGCUGUCCCCGCUGCCGCAGCACGCCGUGCUGCACGGCCCCCUGCCCGCCCCACCGCCCGGCCCCGACACCGCCAUCCCCCCGCCACCGCCCACCUCACCCCCCGACGCCAAGGCCGGCAAGCUCUCGCCACCCGCCCAGCCGCAGAACGGAGAGGGUCCCUCAUCAUCCUCUUCCUCCUCCUCCGGUGAGGCCGUCCGCAUCAAGGAGGAGCCCGCUGGCAGCCCAGCGAGCGAAGCAGAGGCACCAAAAAGUGGCCGCCAUGGGGCCGGCAGCCCCGACACCUGCUCCCGGACCUCAUCCCCCCGCAGCCUCCCCUCGGCAAAGGUCAAAUCGGAGCUCGCCAGCCCCACGCCGGGCUCCAGCCCGGUGCCCAGUGAGCCGGGAACGGGAGCAGCCGGCGGCACCGUCUUCCUACCCCAGUACGUCUUCGGCCAUGAAGCCGCGGUGGUGCCGCAGGCGUCGGAGAUCCUGGCGAAGAUGUCAGAGCUGGUGCACAGCCGGCUGAAGCAGGGCCACGGUGGCACGGUGCCACCCACCAUCUAUGCUGGUGCGCCGGUGCCCAAGGGUGCCACCUGCUUCGAGUGCGAGAUCACCUUCAACAACAUCAACAACUAUUAUGUGCACAAACGCCUUUACUGCUCCAGCCGGCACCUCGCUGAGGACAGUCCCCCUGGGGCACGCAAGCUCAAAGCCCCCCCAGGGGCACCCAAAGGUCCCCCCACACCAGGGACGCUGCUGUCCCCCUCAGUGGGCAACGGGCAGGGGACACCAGCGAGGGACGGGGACACCGGCCGGGAUGCCACACCGCCAGCCGCCCUGCCGGAGGUGAAGGUGGAGGAGGUGGGAGGCAAAGCAGAGUCCCCAGAGGCAGAGGCAGGGUCAGGGCGGUGCAGCGAGGACAGCCAGAGCCCCAGCAGCUCGGCGGGAGAUGAGGGGGACGAGGACCCCAGCAAGACGCUGUGUGAGGCCUGCAACAUCCGCUUCAGCCGCCAUGAGACCUACGUGGUGCACAAGCGUUUCUACUGCGCCUCCCGCCAUGACCCCCCGCUGCGCCGCCCCGCCGCCCCCAAAAUCCCCUUCCUGCCCCAGCCGCUCCGCACCCGCAAACGCCGCAAGCUCUACGAGAUCCACGGGGCCGCUCACCGCCCCACCGAACCCUCCCCAGCCCCUGAGCCCCCCCUGGCCCCUGACCCUCCUCCUCCUCUCCCUCCUCAGGGGGCUGCCCCUUCGCCCCGCUCCAGCCCGGAUGCCGACGGUCCCAUCGAUCUGAGCAAGAAGCCGCGGCGGCAGAGCGAGCCCCUGCCGGCACCGCUGCUGCCCUUGGCCGAUUACCACGAGUGCACCGCUUGCCGCAUCAGCUUCAACAGCCUCGACACCUACCUGGCCCACAAGAAAUACCAGUGCCCGGCCACCCCGCUGCAGCCCCGCACCCUCGAGCACCUCCAGAAGAUGAAGGGGGCCGUGGCCGCUCCUCUCAAGGGUCGUCGCAGCCCCAGCAGCCCUGGCGAUGGGGACCCCGAAGGCGCGCAGGUGAGGGCAUCUGGGACGGACCCACUGCAGCGUCUCCCCAAGUGUCCCCUGCCACCCCCGGGGGUGAAGGGACCCCUUUCCGCUUGUCCCUACUGUCCCCUCAACGGGGCCAUCAAGGGCGAUCUCCUUGAGCACUUCCGUAAUGCCCACGGGCUCUUCGUGGCCAAGCCGCCGCUGGCCGGGCAGGGGCUCCCCGACACCCCCGUGCCCGGUGCCGGCAGGACGCCCGACCCUCCGCUGCCAGCAGGGUCACCCCCCCGCCCGCCUGCCCCCCGCCUCCGCCGGGACAGCAAAGAAAGUCGGGAUGGCAGCAGCAGCCCCCGACCCCCUGCCUCGCCCCGGCCUCCCGCUUCACCCGGAGCCCCCGAGGGACUGCGGGAAGCUGUCCGCAAGCCCCCCACGCCCCCCACCUACACAGACAGGGGGGUGCAGACCCCCCCGGCCAAGGCUGUGCCCGUCCCCGUGCCCAAUGGCAACCACAGGUACUGUCGCCUCUGCAACAUCAAGUUCAGCAGCCUCUCCACCUUCAUCGCCCACAAGAAGUAUUACUGCUCCUCCCAUGCUGCCGAGCAUGUCAAGUAAAGCCUCCCCCCCCCGGAACCCCCCUGCCACUCAGGGGGCUGCAGGAGCUGGGGGACUGGGAUCCAAUGGCUGGCACCCCCCAGACACACCUUGUGGGAGUCAGAGUGAUGGAGGCUGUACUGGGGCAGCUUCAGCAUCCGGAGGUCCCCAGACUUCACCCUGGGUUGGGGAUCCUGCAUGUUCACAGGUCAAGGACCCUGUGGAGGGAAGCAUGGUGCUGGGAUGGGGGGGGGGCUGACCCCUCCAGCCCCUGGUGCGUGACGAGCCCCUACGAUGCUGCAGGGAAACUGAGGCAGGGCGAAGGCGCAUGACCCUGCCCCAUCUGGGGGGCUCUGGGGUGUGGGGGAGAGCUCUGCCCCCAGGUAGACACUACAGGGCUGGGGAGGGGGCACGGCCUGGCUGGGCUUGGCCAUGGGCACCCUGGGAAGCCUGUGGUUGCCCCCGCCACGGACCAGACCCUGCAGGGAGAUGACAGUGAAGGAUGAAGCGACCCUGGGAACCGUGUGUAUAAGUGUGUACAGAAAUAAAUAUGUCUGAUAAA